CCCGUUCGGGGCAAGAUAACAGGCGGGAAUAAGUCAGCACCCCUGCUGCCCUCUCCGGCCUUGUCCCUGCAGACACUGCCCGGGUCUGGAGCAGUGGGCACCAUGUCCUCGCUGGCCGCCCUCCUGCUGUUCGCGGGUCUGUCCCUGGGCCCAGCCACUGAGGCGGCCGUCGUAUUUGACCCCAAGCCAGCCCUGUGGGCAGAGGCCGACUGGCAGCAGGAGCCCUGGACCAACUUGAUGCUGACCUGCCAGGCCCGCCUGCAGACCAAGGACUUCCAGCUCUUCAAGGAUGGGGUGGCCCAGGAACCUGUGCAGGUUGGCUCACCCACCAUUGAGCACCAGUUCCCACUAGGAGCAGUGACCAGUGACACCCGGGGCCUCUACCGCUGCCGCUCUGGCUUGGACAGCGGCUGGACCCAGCUGAGCAACCUGGUGGAGGUGACUGGAGCAGAGUCCCUGCCCCCACCCUUGCUCUCGACUGAGCCUGUGUCCUGGAUCACACCGGGCCUGAACACAACGCUGCGGUGCCAAGGGGGGCUUCGGGGUGUUACUUUCCUGCUGAGGCGGGAGGGCGACGACCAGUUUCUGGAGGUGGCUGAGGCCCCUGAAGAUGUGGUGGUCACCUUCCCGGUCCACCGGGCUGGCAACUACAGCUGCAGCUACCGGACCCACGCAGCAGGAGACCCCUCUGGGCCCAGCGCCCCUGUGACUAUCGAGGAGUUGGCCGCGCCCCCGCCGCCCGUGCUGCGUGUCCAGGAAGCUUCAGCCCAGGUCCUGCGCCCCGGCGUGAGCCUCCGCCCCAAAUGCGCGGCGCCCCUGGGCGGCGUGGACUUCCAGCUGCGGCGGGGCGAGCAGGAGCUGCUUGUGCCCAUGAGCUCCGCCUAUCCCGACCGCGUGUCCUUCCACCUGGACGCGCUCGCCCCGGGGGACGGCGGCCUCUACACCUGCCGCUACCGGCUGCGCGACGCUCAGAGAGCCUGGUCCUGGUCCGGGGACAGCGCGCCCGUCGAGCUGCUGCUGAGCGAUGAGACGCUCCCGGCACCCGAGCUGAGCGCGGAGCCUGCGACCCCGGACCCCGCGGCCGGCGCGCGGGUGCAGCUGCGGUGCCGGGCCCCGCGGGCCGGCCUGCGCUUCGCCCUGGUGCGCGAGGACGCGGGCGGGCGCCGGGCCCUGCAGCUCCUGAGCCCCGCGGGGCCCGAAGCCACCUUCGAGCUGAACGACGUCUCGCUGCUGGACUCGGCCAACUACAGCUGCGUCUACGCGGACCGCGCGCCGCCCUUUGCGGGCUCCGCGCCCAGCAAGGCCGUGGAGCUGCGCGUGCGCGGACCCCCGCCCAGGCCGCAGCUCCGGGCUCUGUGGAGCGGGGCGGUGACCCCGGGCCGCGACGCCACCCUGCGCUGCGAGGGCCAGAUGCCCGACGUCACCUUCGAGCUGCUGCGCGUGGGCGACACGGAGGCGUCCGCGGUGGCCCGGGCCCAGCACCGCCACUGGGCCGACCUGGUGCUGAGCUACGUGGGGCCGCAGCACGCCGGCAAAUACAGCUGCCGCUACCGCGCCUGGCGGCCCACCGCCUUCCAGUCCGAGCUCAGCGACCCUGUGGAGCUCCAGGUGGCCGGAAGUUGAUCCAGCUGCGACACGGGCUGCUGAUGGGGUCCUUGGGAAGUACUUUCUCCAGUCUGGGUCACAUCCCUCUUGCUGCAGCUGGAGGCUGGAUUCCCUCUCAGGGGCUGGAGGGCUCUCUCUCAUUCCUCCCAGGAAUUAAUAAAUGUGAAGAGAACCUUUAAAACGUG